AGAAUGCACAAUUUCGCGUCGCAGCCGAACACUUACGCUCUCUUGGUAAAUUUGAAGAAGCAUCUACCAUGUUUGCCCGCUCAGCCGAUCAUGAAGAGAACGUUAUGGGAGCUCUACAAUGUCUUCUGGAGUUAUGCAAAAUCUAUGUAUUGAACGGGAUAAUCAUGGAUACCACAAGUUUAACAGAGCUUCGUCGUCUCCUUGACAAGACGACAGAAGUUACAAAAUUUGAAUCACAAUCGUUGAAAGGAUCCAGACAAUGGAAUAUGAUGAAAGAAGAAAUUCGGUUAUACUCGGCUUAUGUGAACAGAGACCUUGAUGCCAUUCAACAAUGUAUACGGUUCUUCAACGAGUGCAAGGGGCAUGCUGCUGAAUGUCGCGCAAUAUUAUUAUGGCUAAAAAUCCGCACAAACGCUGAUAAUCAGGCAGAAUACUGGCGCGAAAAAUUAAAGUACUUGUUGAGGCUGUCUAAACUAGCCCACCCUUUUAUGGAAUCAACUCGGAAUGGUGACAACACCGAGGAAAAGGAAGCUUGCAAGGAUUUUGAGAACGUUUUUUGUGUAAGAGAAAUGGAGGACCAUCAGAAUAAGCGACAAAUUCCUUUGCAAAAUUCACUUAUUAAUAACAUGGGCGAAAACAAUGUAAUAGAUAUCACAGGCGAUUGGAAUGUCUACAACGAACGCAUUGUACGCCAGACAAUCAUACAGUUGUUUUCUUCUUAUAUGUAUGAGUUUAUCUGGGAAGCAGGCGAAAAAUGUAAAAGCAUUCCUGAUAUAACUUCUUAUAUCUGCUACUGGUGGCCUUGUGAGGACAGAACCUGCCAACGACAUCACAUGGAGCCAACACGAGAAAAUCUGCAUCGACGUUUGUCACUUGCAUGUCUCCACUAUACUGUGAUACAGCAGCUAGAUGUGUUAGAAUUGACCCGCAAACGCCGUCUUAAGGAAGAACAAAAACAAGACGCUUAUCACUUGCAAAAGUUUUGGACCGAAAAUCUCGUUAAAUAUCAUGUUCGUUAUCAACUGCCGAAGGCUAGUUUUCCGGAGCUUAUGUAUGAUCAUAUUAACAGAUUUUCCGACGUACGUGGUAGGAUCAGUGAGCAUGCUCGCAAGCAAUGGUUGGGAGAUGAUCUGCAGGCUCAGUAUUUUGCAAACUUGUUAAAAUGUAUGUUUGUUUCUCUGCAAUUGCAAGAUGAGAAGAUUAUUAAUAAGUUUUGUGAUGAGAUAUCGAAAUCUUGGUAUCCAGUUAAGAAUGGUAGUACGGAAGAGUCAGCUAAUACUAAAGGUUUGCCUAUCGGUUUUGAAUAUAAUAAGAAGGGCGACAAAGUAGUCCCAAUUGCAGUUCGACUAUCGAAAUUUAUCAACCAUCUCAAAUCUGGCAAAAUGAUUACUGCAAUAAUAUACGCGAAAAGGUUUAUCGCAUACGCUCUACGAUUUACUGAUGAAGUAAACUUGCUUGCGGAUCAAGCUCUUGGUGAUCUGGUGUCUCUUAUGGAAUUUACAACGUCUUUGGCAUUUUUCACUCAUCCCGAACGUUACGACUUUUACCUUCCUCGAAGUUAUUUGUAUGAUUACUACACUGAAUUUAGCGAAAACUUCUUUUCUGGAAACCUACGUCUCUCAAGUCAAGACGAUGAGCGCAACAUAGAAAGCCAUCGUAAUUUAAUCUGGGAUUUUUUCUGGCAAGCACGACAUCUUAUUUGCAUCCUGGUCGAUCAUAAGCCUAUUGACCUUGACCAGCAGAUUGCUUUGAUCAUUGUCCGUCGACUGAUACGAGUCUUAGUGCUUAUCUGUUUAAAUGAACCCAGUUACGAAGCGCAACUUGUAGAGUUCUUGAAACGAUGUGAGGAUAAACCACACCUUUUCCAAAACUACUUGAAUAAGACAGACAUGGAAUCCCUCGCAAAGACCCUAGAUGAUGAACUCAAAGAGACGGAUUUUGAUUGUCUAGUUAGAAUUGAACUUGAAGGGUUUUCGGAAAUCUUGCUAGAUAUCGCAAAAAUGCCCGUAUAUAAAACCGAUAAGAGCUUUCACCAGCAGGACCGUAUUUUCAAUGAUCGAAUUGAGUGUCUGUAG